GAUGGUCGAUGACGUGCGGCUUUUUCAGAUGUACCAUAUGGGGGAUCCCGUUAUCGCCUUCAGCAGCGAGCGUGGCUCCUGGAGGGUCGGGCGCGUGGUCGGGGAAGUCUCCGACGAGGAGCACGUGAACUGCCCGGCCUUCCUCGUGCAGGACGCGCAGACGAACGAGACCGAGGAGGUGUCGAGCUUCAUGCUGCGCCCGCGCUACCGGAUUCUUCCCCAGGACUACGUGCAAGUCCGGCCUUUCGGCGCCGUGGUGCAGGUCGUGUACCCAAUGUACCAGGGUGACUUUCUGGUCAAGGUGCCUGGCCAUCUUGGCCAUGACCAAACUUACUACCUCAACCAGCUUCAGAAGUUGGGCUCCACUCCUACGAAGGAUCACGGCGAUCAGGUCAUGGCCAGGGAUUCGGAGAAUGGCUUUUGGUAUCCGGCGGUGGUGACCAGGGACUCGGAGGAGGAUCCCUACAUCCGCGACGGGACGGGCCGUUGGACCGGCCAGUACAGCAUCAAGUGGCUCGACGCGAAGCCACGGGACAUCCGCAAGACAGACCUGGAGCUGGCAAAGCGGCAUGGCAAUGAGGUGACCAAUCUGCUGACAGAGAUCCGGCCAGAGGAUUGUGAGAAAAAACUCUUCGCUGCCCGGAUCUCCAAGGAGGCGAAGUGCCCAAAAGUCUGCGCCUAUUGGUCAGAGAUCAGCGACGCCUACUGUAGCUUCCGAUGCGUCCCUGGCUGUCCGUCCUUCGAAGAGUCCCCGGCCUAUGUGACUAUCGAGCAGGACAGCAGCUGCGCACGGUGCGGUGUGCGAAACUGCAGGCGAUGCUCCCCGACGCAGACGAACUAUUGUGAAGACUGCAUUGAUGGAUACCGGAUGUCCCGCGGUUCCUGUCUGGAGAAGCCUGAUGGCUUCUUAUCAUGGGUCCGUAUCACCGUCGAGAAUGCCGUGGACAAUGGGACGGUGGUCUUCGGAUCGGUGAGCUGCCUGCUGCUCAUCAUC